AUGGCUUCUGUUUUCUGGCGUUUUUCUUUCGAUUUCUCGCCUUUUCGUUGGCAUCAACAUUUUCUUUCUUUCACAUGGUUCAUUCUUUUUCUUCAUCAAAUUGCAUUUUCUUCAUUUUUCCCCACAAGACUCAGACGGCGUCGACGAAAAACCCGUCAAAAUUAUGAGAUUAUUAUCGAACCAUUUCUCUCUCUCUCUCUCUCUCUCUCUCCCUCUCUCUCUCUCUCUCUUUCUUUCCAGCGCUUCUAUUUUCUCAUUUCUUCGGUCGCUAUAAUCUCGUUCGCUCUCUCUCUCUCUCUCUCUCUCUCUAAAUUGUUCUCAUUCACUAGUUUGAUCACUUUCUCCACCCCCCCUCUCUCUCUCUCUCUGAAUUGUAUUCUGUCAUUCUCUAGUUUGCUCUCUCCUCUCUUUAAAUUAUUCUGUAGGAAUUCUCUAUUUGCUCUUUCUCACUCUCUCUAUUUAAAUUGUUCUGUAGAAUUCUCUAUUUUUUUUCUCUCUCUCUCUCUCUCUCUAAAUUGUUCUGUAGCAUUCUCUAGUUUGAUCUCUCUCUCUCUUAUUCUUUCUCUCUAA